CGGAAAAACACAAAAUACCUUCAUUCCGGUGGCCAGUGCUAGCAUACGCCUGUAGCGCCACCGAGUCCUCUCAGCAUUCUACGUACUGUUGGCAAGAGCGAAAAAAGGAGAGCAAAAAUGAUCAUAAAUGUGAAGGAGUCCACUAUGGUGCGGCCGGGAGGGGAGACCCCGAAGCACAGGCUGUGGAACUCGAGCCUGGACCUGGUGGUGACCCGCUUCCACACCCCGAGCGUGUAUUUCUACCGGCCAACGGGCGCACCCAACUUCUUUGAUGCGAGUGUGCUCAAGGAGGCCCUCAGCAAGGUCCUCGUGCCCUUCUACCCCAUGGCCGGUCGACUCAAGCUGGACGAAGAGGGCAGGAUCGAGAUUGAUUGUAAUGCCGAGGGGGUGCUCUUCGUUGAGGCUGAGACCGGCUCCGUCCUUGAUGAUUUCGGCAAUUUUACGCCCACGAUGGAGCUCCGGCAGCUCAUUCCCGCUGUUGACGAUUCUAAAGGGGUCAAUUCUUUUCCCCUCGUGGUCAUGCAGGUAACAUAUUUUAAAUGCGGCGGGGUCUCAGUUGGUAUCGGGACGCAACACCUUCUCGCCGAUGGGUUUUCCGGGCUCCACUUUGUGAACACAUGGUCAGAUAUGGCUCGAGGACUUGAUCUAACCAUUCCACCAUUCAUAAACCGGACCCUUCUCCGUGCCCGGAUUCCACCUCAACCCGCAUUCCAGCACGUUGAAUACCAGCCCUCCCCUCCUAUGAAAACCCCUCGUCAAUCCUUUGCGAGUACAACGGUCUCAAUGUUCAAAAUAACCAGGGACCAGCUGAACACGCUCAAAGCCAAGUCUAAAGAUGGUAUCAACACAGUGAACUAUACCUCUUAUGAGAUGCUGUCAGGUCACCUGUGGAAAUGCGUAAGCAAGGCACGUGCACUUCCUGAUGAUCAAGAGACCAAAUUGUACGUCGCAGUCGAUGGACGGUCCAGAUUGCAUCCUCCACUCCCGCCUGGUUACUUUGGCAAUGUCAUCUUCAUCACCACUCCAAUAGCUUUAGCAGGCGAUCUCCAGUCUAAACCGACAUCGUAUGCUGCGAGCAUGAUUCAUAAUGGAUUGGCGCGGAUGGACGACGAGUAUUUGAGAUCGGCGCUUGACUAUCUAGAGGUUCAGCCUGACAUAUCGGCUCUUGUUCGAGGGGCCCAUACUUAUCGAUGUCCAAAUCUUGGUAUAACUAGCUGGAGCAGGCUGCCAAUCCAUGAUGCCGAUUUCGGGUGGGGUAGGCCGAUAUUCAUGGGACCUGGUGGGAUUCCGUACGAGGGGCUGUCGUAUAUAUUACCAAGUCCAAUAACUAAUGACGGCAGCUUAUCAGUUGCCAUCGCUCUGCAAUCGGAACAUAUGAAAGUGUUUGAGAACUUGUUGUAUGACUUCUGAGGAGAUGAAACCCUUGAAGAUCAACUCUUCCAAAGGUGCAUGGCUGUGUUUCUUUCCAGUGGGACUUAUUUUAGUUGAAUAUCUGGAUGUUAAAAAUAAGGGGAAAAUACCAUGAACACCUCCAAGUUUGAUCAGUACUUCUUUAGUUUUGACUUUGAUUUUUAAAAAUUUGUAAUGUGGUUCAACGAAGUUUUAAAUUUAUCAAUUUGGUCAAUUCGUUAGUAA